GUUCAAACUUUAAAAUUUUACAUUUUUAGUUCCACACUCUAAUGUACAGGUUAACUUAAAAUUAAUAUAAAAAUUUCUGGUCAGAAUGUACUUGUCUGAUUUGCGCAGUGUGCGAUAAUAGUAAAUGGAUAAAUUUACCUUUGCAUGAGAUGUAUGGAAAUCCAGAAAAGGAUACAUUAAAACAUGACAUUAUAACCCCAUUUUGCAUUACGUUAGUAAUUUUAAGCCACUGUACAGAGUGUACAUCAAAGUUGCUGCAACUUAUAGCUAAUAUGUUCAUAUGUUACAGCACCAAAAUUAUCACAUUGGCUAUAUUGUUUCGGUUAUUGUGGUGUGUGAUUUGAAUGUGAUUGCACCAUCUGUGCGAAAGUAUAAUCUCAUAAUUCAUCACAUCGGUGCUAAUUAUGGUUAUAUAGUACUGUGAUGGUGUGUUUGCUAAACCGUUUUGCUCCUUGUCUGAACAUACUUAUCAAGAGUAUUUCGAAGUAAGUUUAAGGAAUUUUUUAGGUUACGUGUAGUCCACAUGUGUUAUCAGACUACAUGAAAGGUAGUGCCUGUAGCAAUGUAAAAAGAACAGACAAUUACAUCUUAAAGUAACUUCUCGCAGUUAUGGUUAGAUGCAUAUUAUAACAGAUGCUCGUAAAUGUCAUGAACAGGUUACUGUGUCAGCCAAAUUGUAUGUGGCUCUGAAAGCAUAUUCGUAAAGUUUGCCAUAGCGUACUGCGGCCAUGCGAAAGCUAUAAUUGGAAUACUGUGGUAAGCGUUUUAUCGAGAUGAGGCUUCUCAACCCCCAGAAGUUGAAGGAACUACAGAGCAACCCAAGCAGAAUACGUAAUAUAUGUAUCCUUGCUCAUGUUGAUCAUGGGAAAACUACAUUGGCUGAUUCUUUGGUGGCUACUAAUGGCAUUAUAUCUCCAAAAAUGGCUGGAAAACUUAGAUAUAUGGAUAGCCGUAAGGAUGAACAGGAGCGUGGAAUAACAAUGAAAAGCAGUUCCAUUUCUCUGCUACAUAGUAAAGGAGCAGAAGAAUAUCUCGUUAAUCUGAUAGAUUCUCCUGGUCAUGUGGAUUUUGCAUCAGAAGUGUCUACAGCUGUGAGGCUUUGUGAUGGAGCCAUUGUAGUGGUGGAUGUUGUGGAAGGAGUGUGCCCACAGACGCAGGCUGCUUUGAAGCAGGCAUGGCUGGAGAAUAUCCGACCAGUAUUAGUGUUGAACAAGAUGGAUCGUUUGAUCCUUGAAGUGAAAUUGUCACCUCUCGAUGCUUAUGUUCAUCUCACACAAAUCUUGGAACAGGUUAAUGCUGUUAUGGGAGAAUUAUUUGCUAGUGAAAUACUGGCUCGAACGAUACCAGAAAAGCCACAGUCACCAAAUGAUCCAGACAAAUCAAGUAGCUCCUUGUAUGACUGGAGUACUGGGCUUGAAGAUGAGGAUGAUUCACACCUUUACUUCUCACCAGAUCAAGGGAAUGUCAUUUUUGCCAGUGCUAUGGAUGGUUGGGGUUUCAGUAUUGAAGAUUUUGCAAAAUUAUAUGCAGAGAAACUAGGUGUUAAUGAAAAGGUUCUGCAGAAGACGUUGUGGGGAGAUUUUUACCUUCAUGGCAAAACAAAACGAGUGAUGAAAGGUGCACAGGAAAAAGCCAAGAAGCCUUUGUUUGUCCAGUUUGUGUUGGACAACCUCUGGGAAGUUUAUGAUACAGUUGUUGUUAGAAAGGAGAAGGACAAACUCCAAAAGAUAGCUGACAGCCUGAACAUCAAGUUGACAGUCAGAGACAUGCGGCACACAGAUAGCAAGGUGCAGUUACAGGCCCUUUGUGGGCAGUGGUUGCCGCUUGCUAAAACAUUACUAGAUAUGGUGUGUAUUAAAUUACCUGCUCCAUAUGAAAUUACAGAAGAAAAGGCAGAAAAGCUGAUGUGCUCUGCAACCGAGAGGUUUGACAGUUUGCCAAGUGAAACACAGCAGUUGAAAUCAGUGUUCUUGGCAUGUUCAAGUGAUGAAGAUGUACCUGUAAUAGUAUACAUCUCCAAAAUGUUUCCAAUGGAACGUGGGUGUCUUCCUCAGUAUCGUUCUCGGCCUUUGACUGCUGCUGAGAUAGCCCAACGCAGAGAGCAGGCUCGUCUUCGACAUGCACAAAGACUUGCACAGAGUCAUGAUGUGCCGCAUGUAGGUGGUUGUGGAGAUGAUGUGAUACCAAUGCCGGAGCCUCACCUUCUUUCACAUGGAGAUGAAAUAAAGACAGAAGAACAAGAGGCACAAGAACAGAGCCAUGAAGAUGUGUUUAUUGCAUUUGCACGAGUUUUUAGUGGCACAGUUAAGAGAGGCCAGGAGCUUUAUGUGUUAGGGCCUAAACAUGAACCGCAGUCUGCACUAGAAAAGUUAAAAAAUGGAGAAAUAAUUGAUCCAAAUUUAACUCUUAAGGACCUGAAAUCGGGACAGCACAUCACUAGAGUGAAAAUUGAUCAACUCUUCCUGUUAAUGGGGAGGGAACUGGAGACUUUGGAUUCAGUACCUGCUGGAAAUGUGCUCGGCAUUGGUGGCUUAGAAGAGCAUGUGCUGAAAUCUGCAACUUUAGCUUCUACUGUAGCUUGUCCAGCUUUUACAGAGCAAGCACAAGUGGUUGUACCUAUUGUCCGUGUCGCAGUGGAGCCGGCACACCCUCAAGAUAUGGCUGCUCUGGUACAUGGACUGCGACUGUUAAAUCAAGCUGAUGCGUGUGUGCAAGUUAUUGUGCAGGAGACAGGUGAACAUGUUUUGGUUACUGCUGGAGAGGUGCACCUUCAGCGUUGUUUGGAUGAUCUCAGAGAGAGGUAUGCAAAAGUGCCCAUAAAUGUAUCUGCGCCCAUUGUUCCUUUCCGUGAAACAGUAGUUGUUCCUCCAACUGUGGACAUGGUCAAUGAAGCAAUUCAGGAUCAGAGUAUAGCAAGAAAGGAUGGAGACACAGAAAAUACUGAUGAAGUUAUAACUAUGUGCACACCUAACAAACAGUCUACAGUGAAAAUCUGUGCAGCUCCUCUUCCAACUGAAGUGACAAGUCUUCUUGAGGCUCACACAGAACUUCUUAAAGCAAUGGAUAAACAUCUUCACUUUAAAGCUGGCCAUCAGACAGAAGAACAGAGCAGUCAAAAGUCUGAAGACUUUCCUUCAGAUAACACAAGUGGAAAUCAAAUGGUGCUUACAGAAAGAACAUUGAAAGCAAUUGAGACAUUGAAAGAGAGGUUGAAAGAUGCAUUUUCUGCUGCUGGUGAUGAAUGGAAAGGUGCAGAAAACCAAAUUUGGAGUGUAGGCCCAAGGCGAUGUGGUCCUAAUGUAUUACUGAACAGAGUAUCUGAUUAUGACCGUCCAGCAAUAUGGCAGAGGCUGCAUGGCUCUGACCCUCGCCUUGAGUAUGACAGCAGUUUUGUUAAUGGAUUCCAGCUGGCAACACUGGCAGGACCUUUGUGUGAGGAACCCAUUAUGGGUGUCUGCUUUAUUGUUGAGGACUGGACACUAGCUGACAAAUCUCAACUAGACCUACUGUCCACUAGUGAGACUACAAGCGGCAGUCAACCCUAUGGACCGUUUUCAGGACAGAUGAUGUCAGCAGUUAAAGAAGGUUGUAGGAGGGCAUUCCAGGCUCAGCCACAGCGACUCAUGGCAGCCAUGUACACUUGCAACAUCCAGGUCAACGCAGAAGUGCUGGGCAAGAUGUACGCUGUUCUGGGGCGUCGUCACGGACGCAUCCUUCACGGAGACAUCCAAGAAGGAACCAGCACCUUCACCGUCACAGCUGUGCUGCCCGUCGUCGAGAGCUUCGAGUUCGCUCCAGAGAUUCGCAAGCAAACCUCUGGGCUGGCUAGUCCGCAGCUCGUCUUCAGUCACUGGGAGGUGAUCGAGAUAGAUCCAUUCUGGACACCUCGCACAGAGGAAGAAUAUCUGCACUAUGGAGAGAAGUCUGACACUGGAAAUAGAGCUCGGCGCUACAUGGAUGCUGUACGCCGUCGUAAGGGACUUGCAGUGCAGGAGAAAUUGGUUGAAUUUGCAGAGAAGCAGAGGACACUUUCAAAGAACAAAUAAUCAAUAUACAAAUUAUGUUGUCUUGUGCAUAAGAUUCUUACAAAAUGCAUACCUGUAUCCAUCAUCUUAUUUGUUUGGUAUUCUUCAGUUACUGGUCCCUCUCACGUCUUGAUUGAUGGUCCACACAUUUUAUAACCCAAAAAAAUUUAAGCACACCAACAGUAUCUCCCAAUCAAGAAACCUUAGUAGAAACAGAGAACAAGUUACAAAGUCAUUAAUAUGAGAUUACUUGUAUUUCAUGGAACAACAUAUACACUUCUUUCACAUUUUUAAGUUCUUAUUAACAGUGGAACACUCAAAAUAUGGCAAUUUUGGUAAAUCAUUUGUUAUGGUAUGCCCCUGAAUGUUAAUGAUGAUACGUUUGUGUUGCAGAAAAUAAUGUAAGGGCCAGAAUUAUCUUGAUGUAGGGAGAAAGGGUUAAGAAUGUUGCAUGUCAUACCAGAACAUUAUGUUGGUGCAUCUUUAAACUGAGUUUACUGAAAAAUCACAAUUUUGGACAUUCAACACUUGUGCCUUAAACCAUGAAUAUGGCUCCAUACUUGCAAACCUUAGAUGCUGCUUGAUGUUGGUGUGAAAUAUAUACAUGUAGGCUUACAUCUAGGAUUUCAUUUUGUGAAAGGAACAGAUAAAAUUCAAUGAAUAAAAACAGAACAUUCAUGGUCAGACUUCAGAUCAAUCAUUUUCUUGAUAUAAAUGUUUUCUAUUAUAAAUUCUUCCUUUUUUCAUUGAAUUCAAGUAGAUGGCACAUUAGUGCCGAAACAUGUAGUGUAAAAGUUAAGAGAAAGGUGAAAUUGUGUGCACUGUAAGACAGUUAGCAAAAAUACACAUCAUGGACAGGAAUCAGUGCAACAGGACGCUAAAAUAUAACAUUAUUAACAGAAUUCAUGUAGAUAAACACACUGUUUUAUUAUAUCAAAUUUCUUGUAUAUAGGAUUAAUUGGGAAAAAUUAAAAAUAGCAUUUCUGAAUA